GCAGAUUUCAAAAUAGGACCAUUUGUGGUGAAUAAAUACUCUUCACCAGGAGUAAGUAUUUUUUUUUUAUUUAUCAGAAACAGACUUUUUCAACUCAUUGCAAAGGGGGUGGGGGAGGGUGGUGGUGUGUGUGUUUGUGUUUGUUUUACUAUUAUAAUCUUACUUAUUAUAGAUCAUUUAUGUAAGUCCGUUCCAAAAAAGAUUUUGCCUGUCUACUUUUUCAGGCCUUCAUGGUAGUAAUGUGGGCAAUCCUCAUGGUUAUCAUUGUAAGUUUAUACACGGAGCCCAAGCAGAUCUAUGCCACAGAAGCAAGUGAGAGGAGACAAGCUGAAAGGCAGGCCAGAAUUCAAACGAGGCAAAAUGCAGCUUCUCAUAUGCCAGAUGGUGCAAUCAGGGGUAAGAAAGACAAAUAUUUUUGAUACAUAUUAAGUGUGCUUUUUUUUUUAUAUAUAACUAAAAAUUCAUAAAUCUUCCAUUUUCUUCAGUCUCAAUGUAAAAAAAAGCUGAUGUGAUGCUUUUUGUUGAUAUAUGUCACAGCUCUGAGCUUGACUUGUUUUCUGCUGCACAAUCACAAAGCGUGUGAAUGAAUAAACUCUUUAAACAAAUAUAUUACUGCCCAUAAUGUGAGAAAUUUAUGGUAAAAAAUCAAUUUUGCAUGAAUUGAUAUAUAUUAUACCAAUGCCCCUGCAACUUAAUGUGCUUGACCCACUCGCACCUGGCGGCCAAGUGCACAUCCUGCCUGCUAUAAAGAAUGUAAUAUAAGUAACGCCCAUUGACUGGAUAUUAGCAUAGUUGUGUUUGUGUGACCACAGAUCAUUUUAAAUAUAACAAUUUAAAAUAUUUUGAGAUUUAAAUUUGGAAUGAAAUUUAUUUCAUCAGUUUGUAAUGCAUUGUUAGUAAUAUUAUGGGACAAGAUUAACAGACUGCAUUACAUAUUGACAUCACAUUUUCAUGGGUUUUUUUUCCAAACAAAAAAUUUGUACACAUUUAAUGAUGAUUGUGUUAUACUCUGUAAUGCACAAUAUUUAUUGUAUAAUGGAUCAGUCCAAGGAAAAACGAAUGUGAGCUGACCAUAUUACAACUGUUGGACCCCAUUACUUUAUGACCCUGUUACUGUCUGACCCAGUUGCUGUCUGACCCUGUUGCUGUCUGACCCUGUUACUGUCUGACCCUAUCACCGUCUCACCCAUCACAUCUGACCCCAACCGCUGUCUGACCCCUUCUGCUGUCUGACCCCAUCACUGUCUGAUCCCAUCAUUGUAAUUUUUGAGAUGGGGGCAUGAACAAAACAAUAGUAGUUCUGUUACAAACAUCCAUUUAAGCAAACCUUUGGAAAGAACCAAUGGACACAAAGUUGUUGAAACAGGGCUUCCAACACUGCAUGGUUGAACAUAACACAAGUUUGAUUAUUUUGCAGCAGUGAUGUUUUGUGUUUAUGAAAAGCCUUCGCUCACACUUUUGGUUUUUAUUACAGAGCUUUUCUGUUAUAUAUAUAUAUAUAUAAUAAUAAUAAUAAUAAAGUUUAUUUGAAAAACACGCUUCAUCCCCAAAAGCUCGAAGCGCGGUACAAAGUCAACCAUAUUAAAAAGAGAAAUAAAAAAAAAUCUAAAAUUUACCACAUUUAAAAACAGACGCAACAAUAUGAAACUACAUACAUGUAUUUCUAGUACAUCACAUUUAAAAAUCUUUUUUUUUUAACGUUAAAAAUUAUAUCACACCAUUAUCACAAAGCCAUCCGUAAAUUUUAAAAAUGUUCAUUUAAAAUUUGAUGUUUUGGAAGGGCUCGGACCCUAUGUUAACUAAUUGCUAUUAAUAACAGGGAUCAUUCUAGUGCAAUAAUCUACAAUUUAUUUGUUGAAAGAGAAAUGGGGUUGUCUGCUAUGCAACAUCUUUUAAGAAAUGUAAAUAACGCCAUGAUUUUCCAAAUCUCAUAUACAGGCAGAGACGAUAACCAGGCCACGGUUUCUUUAAGCAGAAGAAAACGCUUAGCUACGAACGGUAACAGUCAGAGCAAUUAUGAAAUCAAUCAACCAGGACCAUCUAAUUAUGCAAAUGAUGAAGAGCAUCUGAAUGAGAACGAUAUCCAUCACAAAGAGUUCCUGGAGUCAAACAAUGAUCCAGAGUUUAAUUAUCCACCCUUGACAUAUGACAGAGUCAGUGAACCAUGUCACGAAGACGGUGAUUUAAAGGAUAUUUUGCCUAAUGAAAAUAUCACUUCGACUGAACAGAAUUCAAUAAGGGAGAGCGCUGGCUCUGAGCAUGAUGAGUCUUCAGGUGAAUUCCACGAUCCCCGCCCGCCAACAGGAAGUUCUGAUGGCAGUGACCAGACUAUCACCAACAACUUAGAACAUCGACUCAGCUGCUCUGUUGAUUUGAUGGUGUCGGCAGAAAGGCUUAUCAAUAACACUCAUUGGUCAGAUACACCUGUUAGUGUCAGUGAGUACAUGCACAAGGCCGCAGGUUCGGAUCUUGUUUUCGACGAAGACCAUUUUGGUAUGAGUGUGGAGAAUGACCUGGUAAGAAGCACCUAUGAAGAUGAUGAGAAGACGCCACUCUUGUUCGGUCAGUCAAACAACGGCAGUUUAAGGUCCAGUUCAAGAUUGACACGAUCGGUAAGUAAACAGGAAUAAUGUGAUUGGUGGGCACAGUUUACAUUUGACUCAUAGAUUAAAGCUUGUGAAACAGUUGACCUAGAAAGGACGGUCUGUUUAUUUGUAAUUGAUCCUUUUUAAAAAAUAUUUUCUACAUACAUACCACUGUAAGGUUUAACAAAUUUAAUUUUUAUUUUAAAAAAUUGCUCUUUAGAUGAACAAUAUGUAACAAAGGACUGAACAUGUAACUUUAUUCCUGCAGCAUGGGACAAAUGACCCGUAUAUUGAGCGAAGUGUUUCAGCCCUCGAUGAUCCUAUAGCCAGAGAAGGGAAGAUGGGCUUUUUCUGCAAUGGUAUUUUGUCAUUGUUGCUGAAAUUACACGAUUUUUGACAAAUCUAGACCACUGUGAAUAACAUGAUUUUUAAAGUUAAUGAUUCAGUGUGCGAUCGGUACGACAAAAUGAAAUACAACAAAGUAAUUUUUCUAUUCUCCAGAAUAUAUCAGAGAUGAAAUCAUAGCCAUUGUGUGUCUGCUUUUCUGUGCAAUGUUUUCUCAAGUUUGUGUUGAGGUAAGGGUUUGUAAUCCAGGAUAUCUUACCCUUGAUUUCCUAUUCAAUUUGUUACUUGAAGUGUAUAGGUCUAUAAAUUGAGCCUCUAGAUAUCUAUAUCUGUAUAUUUAAAAUCACACAAUAAAUUAUAUUCUUUCAUUUGAUGGCAUGUUUUGUUUUUAUCUCCAACAUCAUUAAUUAUAAUUCUAAACUAGUUUUGAAAAUGUAAAAAAAAAAUUUAAAAAAUUCAAUUUGUUUUGCCAUAAUGCAAAAUGUAAGGUUGAUUCACUAUUUUUUCAGACUAUGGUCUUACCAUUAACUUUAAAAUAUCUUGACUUUAGUGAGCUGGAGAACAGUUUACUCUAUUGUGUGUGUGGUGUUGAGGUGAGUUGGUCUUUUUUCUUUUAAUUGUACUGGUUUUGUGUGGUGAGAGUUGACGUGUGUCAUCAAGAUGCCCUUCUGUCCUCAUGCAUAAUGAAAGAAGGGCACCCUGAUGAUUAUUCUUUUUUUUUUUAAAUGUGUUUUUAGAUUUCAGUGUAUUACAAUUAAAAUGUUGAUAAAAAUAUUUAAAAAAAAAAAAAAAAAAAAAAAGUACACAACUUUGAUAGUUUUUUUCACUGAAGGGUGAAUGAAAAACUUUGACUUUGCUAAAUCAUCUCCAGUUUGCCUAUUAUUAAAAAUAAAAUCACCCAGGGAUGCAUUAUCUUUUGGAUAUAGUCCAUAUUAGGAGUGUCCAACUUGGAGUAAGCCAGAUGCCUCAUUUAGCAUGCUUGAAGGUGUAUGUGGUGGGGGGGGGGGGCGUACACCCCUUUGGUUAUCAACAACCCUUUUAGUCCUUUCCUUACUAAACAAAGCUUUGAUUAUUUUUGAUUUUUUUUUUUUUAAAUUUUAGGGGGGGGGGGCGUACACACCUUUGAUUAUCAACAACACUUUUAGUCCUUUCCUUACUAAACAAAGCAUUGAAUAAUUUUGAUCUUUUUAUAUUUAAAUUUUCCACAAUUUUAGUAUCUUGUUUGAGGAGCUCCUGGAUAAUUUAAAAAAAAAAAAAAAAUACAAACCUCUCUUAAUGCAUAGAGGGCUCCCAUAUAUCAUGAUCUUGACAAGGGGAAUAAAAUUAGUGACCCAGCUGCGUCUUUGUGAUCUGCCAAGAACAUUGAGUUCAUGGGCUCGCCACCGCUAUGUUUAGUCAUAUGACUGUGACAGCUUUGAUGUUUUGGGGGACAUUUACUUUAUACAUUUUAGUACAAAGUGUUUUUAAUAAAAAUAUUGUUUUGUCUAUAUGCAGAUCCUUGUAGUGUUUUUGAUAAUGUCACGUCUAAGUCGAUGCUUAUCAGAUAGAGUGUUAAUGAUGUUUGGUGCUUUUAUGAUACUAACCUCCAACAUAUGGUUGCUGUGGUACUUACCAAAUGCACCCCCACGUGAGUUUUAUACAUCCACUUUUUUCUUGUUUGUAUAAUUUUUUUAAAAUGUUGUUUCAUUUAAUAAUUGUGUGCUGACAAUAUUUGAAGAAAAGAAUAUCUACAUUUACUCUAAAAGUAACAAAUUUGGGAGGUCUACCACUAGACUAGUGAUAUCCUUUUACAUUUCAUAUAAACCAAGAUUUAGCAAAAUAAAUGAGGCAAGCAAGAUUUAGUUUUUAUAGUCUGCUCCGUAAACUCACCCGAUAGAGGAAUAUUAAUGAAGAAGAAAAACAUUUCAAAGUAUGGAACAAUUAAAUUGUAAAUUUAAAAAAAAAAAAAGAAAUCCAACUGAAUUUUACUGUAAACAAAACAAUACAAAUCACUUACAGUUGAUGUCGUAUUGACAAUUGUUCAGUUUAAAUUAAACCCGACUUCCCCUUUCUGCACAGAUAACCGCAUGAAAAAUAUUCCAUUUUUCGCCAUUGCGGUAUUCCUGGACAUUCUAAGCUUGCCUUUUUUGCUGGUGUGCGCCACUUCCCUUUUCUCCAAACUAACACGGAAACAGACGGCGGGUUGGUAUCAGUUUAUUAAGUAGUAUUAAUUAAAGCAGUGUGUUUUCUCUCUUUCUGUUUUUUGACAUUUGUGCCACCCACAAUUUUACAGGGUGGUAACAGAAACCAUUAGUUGCAGGCUUUGAUUCAAUAAUGCAGUAGAAACAACGCAUGGGAUUCGAUACUUGCAGGUCUCAGCCAGGGUUUACGAAGGGGUGUGGUAGGAUUGGGUACAAUCAUAGCGCCACUGUGGGGGUCGUCUGCUGCCAAUCAGCCCUACGUCUUGCUGGGAGUGCUGGUUGGUUUACAGGCCAUAUCACUCGUAAGUAGAGCCUCUUUUCAAUGGUAUUGUUUUGCCCAUUAUAUUAUAUAAAAAUAUAUAUCACUUAAAAUAAUUCUACAGGUAUGUAUGUAUGGCAUAAUGCUCUGUUCAGUAGAGAGAAAAAUACAAUUCUCCAAAAGUGCACCAAAAAGAGUACAAAUGUUUUUGUUCAAGAUAAAAUUCCCAUUUCCAGACCUGUUUACUCUUACGAUUUUGGCGUACAAUGUACGAUUUUGAGGUGUAAACAUUGUAUAUAAUGUAUGUUUAUUUUUACUAUGAAUAUACGGUAUUGAACGAUUUUGUGAUAAUAUUGUACGAUUUUAAGAGUUUGAGGGUAAACAGGUCUGCAUUUCUAAUAAUUUGGAAACUUAUAAACACUGAUGGGUUUUUUGUUUAUUUUAUGGAAAUCGAAUCAAUUUAAAUCUAAUGAAUAUGCUUAAAUUUAAGAAUAUGUAAUAUUUACUGGAAUACAUGUUUUUGAAAGUAACUUUAGUAAAUGGGAAGUUGAUGCAUUGCCUCUGAUAUUGUUUGGCAGGUUAUUUCUAAUAUAAAAUAUAUAUAUAUAUAUAUAUAUAUAUAUAUAUAUAUAUAUAGAGAGAGAGAGAGAGAGAGAGAGAGACAGAGAGAGAUAAAGAGAGAUACAGAUAUAUAUACUCAUAUUUAUAUAUGUAUAGAUAUAUUUUUUUAACAAAAUUUUAUGAAGUGUAACAAUUAUUGUUCUUUUUUUCUUAUUCUUACAUUUUAAAAGGAGUCCUUUUUCUUUAAAUUCUUAGACUAUUAAAUUUUUUCAAAUAAAUGGAGUUACAUGAUAAUGCACGUACUACUUUAAUUCAUUUUCUCAUAUCUGUAAAUAUUUUCUUCAUUGACUUAAUUUUUACAUUUUAAACCAUUCUUUUCUCAGAUACUAUGCACACUGUCGUACAAACGCCUCAAAGUUAUUCCAGCCACAACGUCAACAACAACAGUGACACCGCCACCAUCACUUUCAAAUACCGGCAGGUUUCUUGGUAACACUUCACCUGUCCAGCCUUACGGCUCCAACCACAGCCCUGGCACUCCCAACAUGAGUGUUCCUCAGAUCAGGUCAGCUCACUCUACUCCAUACGGGUCCAUACAGAGAAGCUUUGCUGGUUCUAGUUACCAUUCCGUGGGAAGUUUAUCUUAUGAUCCACCAUUUCUACCUCGUCCUAUUGUUUAAUUUAUUCCAAAUAUUAAGUUUCUUGCUACAUAAUAGAACACAUUUUCUGUAGUAAGUUUUUCUAUUUGAUUUCAUCCAAAUAUACUUCUUGCUACAUUACAGAACACAUGUUCUGUGGUAAGUUUUACUAUUUGAUUUCAUCCAAAUAUACUUCUUGCUACUUGCUACAUUACAGAACACAUUUUCUGUAUUAAGUCUAUUUUUUUUAUUUUACCAAAAUAUACUUCUUAUCACAUUAUUAAAGAACACAUGUUCUGUAGAAGCUCUACUAUUUCAUUUUAUCCAAAUAUACUUUCUAGAACACAUGAUAUGUAGUUGUUCUAUUGUGAGAUUUGAAAUGAGUGAAAACUCUGUGAGGUAAUAAGGAAAAUGUUUUUGUUCUUAUAAAAUAAUAAUAAUAUGGUGUUUUAAUGAUAUAGUUCAAGGUAAAAAAAAUAUCAAAUUCUUCCUAUUAUUUUAAGAUAUAAUGUUUUCUUUGUUAUGUGCACUAGAAUAUAGAAAUUAAGGUGUUGGAACGCUGCUACAAAAUUGUUGUUUGCAUGUGCAAAUUUGAUUUGAUGACACUUUGUCGUCAAGUUUUUCAUUGGUAAUACAUUUGUAUGAAACAUUUAUUCAGAUUCAUGCUUUACAUUCUGAUUCAACUGUGUUAAUUAUUGAAAAUUUAAAAUUAGUAUUUUUGUAUAAUUAUAUAUAAGGUUGUUUAUAUUAAGAGUAGAACAUUAAUCAUAUGGGUUUGUUUUUUUCCUUUUAUACACACGCUGCUGUUGGCUUGGGUUUUUUUUUUUUUUUAAAUUCUGCUUAGGAAUUACAUUUUUAGAUUUUGAAAUGGUGCUCUACUGAGUUUUUGUUUUGUUAAAUCUGCUUAGCAAAAACUUUAAUGCAUAUUUUGCAAAAAAUAAUUUUAAAAAAAUCUGUAGUGUGAACUUAUGUAUUGACCACCAGGAAUAGAACAAAAUGAAACAGUCACAGGACUGCUUACAUACCCAGCCAUAGGAAACAUACAAAAUAGAGUUUGAUUACCAUGUUGUGUUUAUAAAAACAUAACAGAUUAAAACCACAAUUUCGCCAACACUAUAGGCUUAGGGCAAACAUGCAAUGGGUAAUUAAAUGCUGAACUGUCAAUACUCAAUAAUAUAUGCCUAUAAAUAAAUGUCAUGUGAAACACUAU